AGUCCUCACCAUCGGCGGAGCAGUGGUGCGUGCGGCGGCCGCCUGCUGCAGCAACCUUUUCCACGCGUCGAAAACCUACUCCGCGGCGGCCCCCACUCGCGGCGGAGGAACAUGGCGGCCACCAUCCCCGCCAAGUUCUUCUGGCCGCCCCCCGGCAAUACCCUCAGCACGGACGGCAUGACGCCCGCGGCGAUGCGCCACGGGCUGGACCCGGCGACGCUAAACGUCUACCAGGACACGGUGCUCGGCUUCCUCUACGCCUUCCUCCCCAAGCCGCCGGUCUCCGCCGCCGCCGCCCUCUCCGGCGCGGCGGCCACCGAGGGAGGCGAAGGGAUCGACCGUAUCAGCGGCCUCCCCGACAUCCUCCUCCGCCGCAUCCUCGCCCGCCUCCCGGCCAAGGACGGCGCCCGCACCGCCACCCUCUCCACGCGCUGGCGCGGCCUCUGGCGCUCGGCGCCGCUCGUCCUCGUCGACACCCACUUCCUCCCCCGCGGCGGCGCCGAGGGCCGGCCCCCUCGCCCCGGCCCCGCCUCGCGCCGUGCGCCGCGCCGUCGACGCCGCCCUCCGCGCGCACCCGGGCCGUUCCCCUUCGUCAGCCUCUCCUGCGGGUUCAUGAAAGCCGUCGACAGGGACCGCGACGUGCUCGCUCGCUGGUUCCAGCUCCUCGCCACCAAGGGCGUCGACGAGCUCGUCUUCGUCAACCGCCCCUCGCCCUUCGCCGGCCUGCGCCUCCCCGCCGCGCUCUUCAGCUGCGCCUCCCUCCGCCGCCUGUACCUCGGCGCGUGGAGGUUCGUCGACACCUCCACCCUCCCGCGCGGUGCCUCCUUCCCCAGGCUGCAGGAGCUCGUCCUCGGCGCCGUCGCCCUGGAGGACAGCGACCUCGACUUCCUGCUCGCUACGAGCCCCGUGCUUGAGAUCCUCGCCAUCAUUGGAAGCGUGCACAAAUUGAACGCCCGUCUUGCCAGCCAAAGCCUUCGCUGCGCACAGUUCUGCCUAGCUACCCAUGAAGAAGUGGCGGUAGUGGACGCCCCAUCCCUUGAGCGGCUCUUCUUCUGGCGGUGCCUGAACCAACGUCGCGGCGGGAGGAUCAAGAUUGGCUGUGCCCCUCGGUUGAGCAUGCUGGGUUACUUACAGCCUGGUGUGCAUGCACUGGAGAUUGGCAACACCGUCAUCAAUUCUGGAACCAGGCCGAGUCCAAAGACCACUGUUCCAAGUGUGCAGAUGUUGGCGCUGCACCUGCAUUUCAAACUUUGCAAUGAAGUAAAAAUGCUUCCAAGCUUCCUCAGGUGCUUUCCCAAUGUAGAAACGCUGUGCAUCCAGUCUGAAGAAACAAGUGAGCCUAGUGACAAGCGGAACCUGAAGUACUGGCAGGAGACCGGUCCCAUCAACUGUGUCCAGUCACAACUCAAGAGGCUAGUUUUCCGUGAGUUUCAUGGUGAGGAAAAUGAAUUCGCCUUCCUUAUUUUCAUCGCGGAAAAUGCCCGGGUGUUGGAGAACAUGGUUCUUGUGAUGGAACUUCGAACGCCCUCUGCGCCAGAAGAUCUUGCCGCCAAAAUGAAGGCUCUGGAGACUGCAAGAUGGGCAAGCGGGAGCAACAAAGCGGGGUACUUGCUUUCCCGGCCUGGUGUAGGAGGAGGCAGCGCUUGGUGUCUGAAGGCUGGUUCUGACUUUAAGUGCAAUGAUCCUUUUCUCUGCCUUGUUUAGAACUCAAACCAGUAAAUAAACAAUCAAGUUGCACACAACUGCUAAAUUUGCCACUGUUAAGCAGAUUCCUGGAUGCACAUCUGAACUAGAGAUAUUGCAGCUAGUUAUUUAAUAACUUAAUUACCGUUGCUUUAUAAUGUGCCAUAUUUCCAUGUGGCAGCACUUUUUCUCA